AUGGCCGCUGCUUCAGCAUCGCUGCUCCACCUCGCCACCCCGACCCCAACUCGCUCCACUCACCUCAGCGUCCGGCUCCCCACCUCCCAGCUGCCUCGCCGCCGGCCGCCGGGGGCACGCAUCGCCACCGCGCAGCGGCCGCGGGCGUACAAGGUGACGAUCGAGCACGGCGGCGCGUCGCGGGUGGUGGAGGUGGAGGAGGACGAGACGAUCCUGUCCCGCGCGCUGGACGAGGGCCUGGACGUGCCGCACGACUGCAAGCUCGGCGUGUGCAUGACGUGCCCGGCGCGGCUGGUCUCCGGGGUGGUGGACCAGAGCGACGGCAUGCUCAGCGACGACGUCGUCGCGCAGGGGUACGCGCUGCUCUGCGCCGCCUACCCGCGCUCCGACUGCACCAUCCGCGUCAUCCCCGAGGACGAGCUGCUCAAGGUCCAGCUCGCCACCGCCGACGACUGA